GCCGCCGCCGCCGCCGCCGCAGCCAUGGUGUCAGUAAUUAACACUGUGGAUACCUCCCAUGAGGACAUGAUUCAUGAUGCCCAGAUGGACUACUAUGGCACCCGCCUGGCAACCUGCUCAUCAGACAGGUCUGUCAGGAUCUUCGAUGUGCGCAACGGAGGGCAGAUCCUCAUCGCCGACCUCAGGGGUCAUGAGGGUCCUGUGUGGCAAGUGGCCUGGGCCCACCCCAUGUAUGGCAAUAUUCUGGCAUCCUGCUCCUAUGACCGGAAAGUCAUUAUCUGGAAAGAGGAAAACGGCACCUGGGAGAAGACCCACGAGCACUCAGGACACGACUCCUCAGUGAAUUCUGUGUGCUGGGCCCCCCAUGACUACGGCCUGAUCCUGGCCUGCGGGAGUUCGGAUGGGGCCAUCUCCCUGCUGACCUACACCGGCGAAGGCCAGUGGGAAGUGAAGAAGAUCAACAAUGCCCACAGCAUUGGCUGCAAUGCUGUCAGCUGGGCCCCUGCUGUUGUACCUGGAAGCCUCAUAGAUCAGCCAUCUGGGCAAAAGCCCAAUUACAUCAAGAAGUUUGCGUCAGGUGGCUGUGACAACCUCAUUAAGCUGUGGAAGGAGGAGGAGGACGGCCAGUGGAAGGAGGAGCAGAAGCUGGAAGCACACAGUGACUGGGUUCGAGACGUGGCCUGGGCUCCCUCCAUUGGCCUGCCCACCAGCACCAUCGCCAGCUGCUCCCAGGAUGGUCGUGUGUUCAUUUGGACCUGUGAUGAUGCCUCAGGCAAUAUGUGGUCUCCCAAGUUGCUGCACAAGUUUAAUGAUGUUGUGUGGCACGUGAGCUGGUCCAUCACAGCCAAUAUCUUGGCCGUCUCAGGUGGAGACAAUAAGGUCACCCUGUGGAAGGAGUCGGUUGAUGGGCAGUGGGUGUGCAUCAGUGAUGUCAACAAGGGCCAGGGCUCUGUGUCAGCUGCAGUCACAGAGAGCCAGCAGAACGAGCAGUGACCAGACAAGCAGGGUCUGACACCCCCCCCACCUGCCUACUCCAGGACUGCCCCUUUCUGGGCCAGCUGACCAAACACCUGGGAAGAAGAGCUCUCAACUCCAACAAGUAGUUACAAAUGCAACCACAGAUUGAUCAUCUGCCUUAACAUGAUUUGAUAUGGUUUGUAAUUUACUGUCCAGCUGAGGACACUCAUGAGGAAGAAACUACAAAUGAUCUUCAAAUCUAUUAUUUUCGAAUAUUUGGGGCCAUUUUUAUGUACCUUUGGGUUCAGGCAUUAUUGUGGGGGGGGGGGUCCAAAGUAAAUAAAAUCACAUUGCUUAUAA